UCUAACAAAUCCCUAAUUCCCGAUCGGCACACAGAAGCAGCUCCAAAUUCAACAAUGGUGAAGUUCCUCAAGCCAAGCAAGGCGGUGGUCCUCCUCCAGGGUCGCUACGCCGGCCAGAAGGCGACGAUCGUGAAGAAUUUCGACGACGGCACUCGCGACCGCCCCUACGGCCACUGCCUCGUCGCCGGCAUCGCCAAGUAUCCGAGCAAGGUCAUCCGCAAGGACUCGGCCAAGAAGCAGGCGAAGAAGUCGCGCGUGAAGGCGUUCGUGAAGCUGGUGAACUACAACCACAUCAUGCCCACGCGUUACACGCUCGACGUGGAUCUCAAGGACGUUGUCUCCGUCGACGCGCUCGUCUCGCGUGACAAGAAGGUCUCCGCCUGCAAGGAGGUGAAGAGCAGGUUCGAGGAGAGGUUCAAGACCGGGAAGAACCGUUGGUUUUUCUCUAAGCUCAGGUUCUGAAGCGAUCAUACAGCGUUUGGUUCCAUUUUUUUGCUGUUUUAUGUAGUUUGAUUCAUGAAGUUUUUUGUUAAUGAGACUGAAUUUAUCAUAAGACUAUGAUUUGAGUUUUAUAUGGAAUCACAAUUUUACACAUGCC